AUGGCAUGCGCGCUCCUCUUCAGUCGACUUCUUCCCUUCUCACACAGGCUCACAAGAACAUCCGUUUGUUUGCUAUCCCUUUUCCUUUCAUACUUGUGCUACUGUGUAUUAUUCCCUGCCGAUAACAUCAUGCCAAAGUCAGGGGAUCAAACGCCCAGCUGCCAGCGCGUCCUGGCUGAUGGAGGCAGAAGGCGCCUUCAGAAAUCCCCAUCCUGCGUCUUGCAGCUGGAUGAAAAACCGGGCAGUGUUGAGGUGUCUGACCAAAGACGUCCUUCGGCUCUUCACGUCGUAAGGAACGACACCCCCAGCGCAGCGAUGGGUAAUUUAAAGUUUGGGAAUAAAAAGUUACCGAAUGCCAUCAUAGUUGGUGUUAAAAAGGGAGGGACGAGAGCUGUGCUGGAGUUCAUAAGAAUUCAUCCUGACGUGCGAGCUGCUGGCACCGAGACACAUUUCUUCGACAGAAACUAUGACAGAGGCCUAGAGUGGUACAGAGGUUUAAUGCCAAGGACUCUUGAAAGCCAAAUCACAAUGGAGAAGACACCAAGCUACUUUGUGACUAAAGAGACGCCACACCGGAUCUCUGCUAUGUCCCGAAAUACCAAGCUCAUUGUGGUGGUGCGGGACCCUGUCACCCGCGCAAUAUCAGAUUACACUCAGACUUUAUCCAAAACGCCUGACCUGCCGAGCUUCCAGGAGCUGGCCUUCAGAAACCAGAGCUUGGGCAUUGUGGACACAUCCUGGAAUGCCAUUCGGAUCGGCCUGUAUGCUCUGCACCUUGAAAACUGGCUCCGUUACUUCCCCCUGGCUCAUAUCCACUUUGUUAGCGGAGAGCGUCUAAUCACAGACCCAGCAGGGGAAUUGGCUCGGGUGCAGGACUUCCUUGGGUUAAAACGUAUUGUCACAGACAAACACUUCUAUUUCAACCGCACCAAGGGCUUCCCUUGCCUUAAGAAGCCUGAGAGCAGCGGCUCACCCCGCUGCUUGGGCAAGUCCAAGGGCAGAACUCAUGUGCAGAUAGACAGAGAUGCUAUUGAACAGCUGCGAGACUUCUAUAGACCCUUUAAUGUCAAGUUUUAUGAAAUGGUGGGUCAAGAUUUCAAGUGGGAGUAG